CGAGCUCUGUGUGUCUGGCAGCAUGCAGGGAGGAGCGUGGCUGGUGUGUGUAGUGCUGGGGGUGGGGCUGUGGGGCGUGCUGGGGCAGGAGCCCAGGGUGAAGAUGUGUGGGAAAAGCCUGGUACGAGCUGUUCUCUCCUCCUGCGGGAACCCUCGCUUCAGGAGGAGUCUGCUGGAGUUCUCCCAUCGCACACCUGCUGACCCUCAUGGAUCCAUCCUAGACUGGCUGAGUGCGGAGGAGGAGUCUGGCCUGGACCACUCAGAGAGGGGGAAGAAGGAGAUGAUGGAGGAGGAGCCAAAAGAGGCCCAAGGGACUCCUGUUCUGCCCUCUGACCUUCAAGGACACACAUACUCCUCUUCUUCCUCCCCCUCUUCAUCCUUCACUUCCUCCUAUCCAAGGACUCGUCGUAGUGUGAGAAUAGAAGAGAUCUGCUGUGAGUUCGGAUGCAACCUGAACGAUCUGAGUUGGAGAUACUGUUAGAGAGACUGUUAGAGAUACUGUUAGAGAUAUACUGUUAGAAAGACUGUUAGAAAGACUGUUAGAGAGAUAUGCUGUUAGAGAUUCUGUUAGAGAAAUACUGUUGGAGAUACUGUUAGAGAUAUACUGCUAGUGAGAGAAGGUUAGAGAAAGGUAUUGUUAAAUUGAUCAAAUCAAUUUAGAUAGCACAAGUAGGCUCCAUCUCUUUAAAACGUAAAUACUGUCUGAAAUUUGAAGUGUCCAAAUGGUUGACUAGACUGUUGAAUUCACAACAGAGGGUCGCUGUUUUUGAAUGGCCUGUGAACUGAUGAACAGUAUCAAUACUUUCAAUUGUUAAAGAACAUUUAAUUUACAGUUAUAAAAACGAUUUAUUUUGAGAAACUCUGUAUGAUAACACAUUUCGACAACGACCAACAGCUGGAUCACUGAGGAACGAUGUAAAAACAUGGCUGUAGGUCUGGUGUUGCUGGGUAAUAAAGAUUGUGAACAUCA